AACCUUUUCGAAAGUUGGCUUUAACAACGUCAAAAGGAUUGCAAGCGCAGCAUCAUUACUUGAUACUAGAGGAGUUAUCAUUACCAUCACGAGUUACUCUAAAAGUUUGAUUAGCAAAGCAGGAGAAUUGGAUAUUAUUUUAGCUGAUCCCAGAGAUUUAAUUGAUCAACUAAAUUCAUAUGUUGAAGAGGAACUUAAUAAUAGAGACAUUGAUGCAUUUUAUCAUACUAUUUAUUC